AUGACCGAACUUGUGCUGGGCAGGAGGGAAUAUUGGCUCAAAUAUAUCACAUUAAUUGUGAUCCUUCAAGCGCAACUGUCAUCAGCGGUUUACAUAAAACUUCGGGAAAAGCAGACCAAGUGCUUCAUUGAAAACAUCGUCAAGAACGAAGUAGUCCUCCUUAUAUACAGGUCGCCCGAUCAGGCCGCUCUCCCAGCCAACGAGGCAGCAGUGCAAAACUUUGUUGGAGUGAAAUUGGUGGCCUCGAGUGCGAGCGGGACAGUGUUCGAAUCGAAGCUAGACAAGGAAGGAAGACUAGCCUUCACUUCCUCCGAGGACGGGGAUCACAAUCUGUGCUUCAGGUUGUUCUUGAGCUUUGUGCUCGCGGCUCUUGCCUUGUACAGUACUCUGACGAGAAUGGGCAGCAUCGAUGGACAAACUCUGGGUCAAGACUUCCGCGUCUACAUACAGAUUCAGCUUGGGACGGCAGGGGAGAACAAUGAUGCGUUGCUGAGGCGAGAUCAUUUGAGCUCCAUGGAGCUGAGGGUGAGGAAACUGUCGGACGAGAUCUCGAGGGUGCAGGAGCAGCAGCGAUACUUCAAGCAACGAGAGUCAAGGUUUUACGAGACCACCAAGUCCACACAUGAGAGAGCCCAGUGGUGCAGCAUCAUGCAGAUUGUUGCCAUGAUUGUCAUCUCCCUCGGCAAUCUGACCUAUCUGAGAACUUAUUUCAUGGCGAAGAAGCUGAUGUAA